AUGACCAAUACGAACGAUAUGACCGAUUUGAAGAAAGAGAAAGACCUCGAGUGUCUCGAUGAUGUACAACAAAGUGCCAUUACCAACCACGACGAUGUGUUUGGUGAAAUUUCAGAAGGUGGCCCAAACUACCGUAGUGUAGGAUGGUCGGGCACUGCCGUUCUCAUGAUGAAAAGUCAGCUGGGACUAGGUGUCCUUUCAAUCCCCAGUGCCUUUGAUAAACUGGGCCUCGUCCCAGGCUUGAUCUGCCUCAUUAUCAUCGCCAUCAUCACAACAUGGUCCGAUUACAUGGUGGGAGUCUUCAAGCUGAAGCAUCGCUCGGUCUACAGUAUCGAUGAUGCCGGUGGCUUGAUGUUCGGACCCAUCGGACGGGAAGUCUUUGGCUUCGUGUUCUGCUUGUAUUGGAUCUUCGUGGCUGGCUCAGGAAUGCUUAGUCUUUCCAUCGCCUUCAAUGCCGUUUCAAGUCAUGCUACCUGUACUGCCGUCUAUGUUGCUAUCGCAGCCGUUGCAGGCAUCGCGUUUGCGAGCAUCCGGACCCUUGGACGCAUCAGUUGGCUUGCAUGGAUUGGUUUGGUGGCUAUCAUCACUGCGGUUCUGAUCGUGACCGUCGCCGUGGGUAUACAGGGUCGACCAGCAUCCGCCCCCCAGGAAGGAGCCUGGGUAUCCGAUUAUAAAAUCGUGGCCAACCCUUCGUUCGCCGAAGCCGUCUCGGCCGUAUCCUCACUCAUCUUCGCCUACGCUGGAACCCCGGCAUUCUUCGCCAUCGUGUCCGAGAUGCGGGAGCCUCAAUACUUCACUCGAUCGCUCAUCAUCUGCCAAAGUACCGUGACAGCAAUUUACGUGUCGAUUGGUUGUGUGAUCUACUACUUCUGCGGCUCGUAUGUCGCAUCUCCUGCUCUUGGCUCUGCUGGCCCUACUGUGAAGAAGGUCAGCUAUGGGUUUGCCAUUCCGGGACUGUUGGUCACCACGAUGCUCUUUAUUCAUUUGCCUGGAAAGUACAUCUUCGUUCGCGCGCUACGUGGAUCCAAGCACCUCACCUCUAACAGUGUCGUCCACUGGGUAUCCUGGAUUGGCUGCACAUUUGGUGUCGGCGCCAUCUCCUACAUUGUGGCUAGUGCAAUCCCUGUCUUCGAUAGUCUGGUCUCGCUCGUGGGUGCGCUGCUUGGAACUUUCCUAUCCUUCCAGCCGAUGGGUUGCAUGUGGCUGUACGACAAUUGGAGCACGGGCAAAACCGAGCGAUCCCCACGAUGGAUGGCGAUGGUGUGCUGGAGUGUCUUCGUCAUCUGUAUUGGUACCUUUAUGAUGGUAUCUGGUACAUACGGAUCGGUGGUCAGCAUCAUGGACGCCUAUAAUUCCUCCGGUGGCUCUGGAGCAUGGUCUUGUGCGGACAAUUCGAACUCAUCAUAG